GACCGUCUGACGUAAUGUGUCAACGAACUAUUCUUGUUUGAAUCCUUGCCUCCAUUCGAACUCUGCAUCUUUAUUAAACCUCACUUCAUAAUUUUUGGAUGUUGUUCCCCUCUUGUCAUGACUUUGGCAGGAUUCUCGCACGAGAGGAAUAAUGUUCUAUAUUCUACAUCGGGGUAUUACAGACACGUGUAAGAACGACAAUGGCGAGUCCUGCGGGGAGGACGAGAGGCUCUCCUUAUGGAGGAAGACUUCAACCCUUCCGCAAACCUCAUCGGUACAGACGUUUCCUUUAGUCACUAUUCCAACGAUUCUCACCCAGACUUUUCCUUCCGUGACGAUCCCAACGGCACUCACUUCCACUAUAUCCUUCUCGACAGCUUCUUUGGGACCAACCUCUGUUCUAAUCUCGUUUCCGGCCAUCUCGCCAUUCCAGCCGACAAUACCCUUCACGAGCUUUCCCGCAUCUUCAAUAAACUUUUUCUCUACCUCAACAUCAGUUCCUAUAUUCUCAACACUUUCGACAGCGAGACCAACCGCCUCAAGUUUUACAUCUUCAACAAACGGCUCGUCGCCAAUGCAAACUAAUACGAUUCCCACGGCUUCUACCAGCUCAGUCAAUCCUAGUGCAACAGCUGCUGGAAACGCCAGCGGUACUUCCAGCACUUCCAAGCCCAGGUUAUCUCCGGGAGGCAUUGCAGGAAUUGUAAUUGCUGUGUUCGUCGGUAUUCUAAUCCUCGCGCUACUCAUUUUCUUCUUCUGGAAGCAAUUCCGCAGCCGGAACAGGAAUUCUUCGGGCCACUCGAAUUCACUCUAUGAGAAACAAUUGAUUUCACCAAUAAGUUCUCCGUUUGACCGAAGAGGGACAUUCUUUACGCCAAUGGUAAUUGCUCCAACGCAACCCCCAGACUAUCCAUCGGGUAGACCAAGUAUCGAAGUAUUGCAAAGGAAUUCAGACAGUUGGCCAGGUGCUGCUCCGCGUGUGGAGGGGAUUGGUGUGGCAUAGUGAGGGGUACAUAGGGUUGGGCGUGAGACACGAGUAAUUGGUAUGGAAGACUUCGCUGGAGGUCCAAGGUCUGAGCGAUUUUGUU